UUCAAAAUUACGAAUUCUUUGUUAUCGCGUCCACAAGUCCUCAUCGAUCCUAUAUUAAUACCUAAACCAAAAUUUUCAAAUCAUAAUCGAUAUAAUACAACUAAAACUAAAUCAUCAGCUUCUGCUAUCGUUUAUAAACUUAAUCAUCCACGAAGAAAAGUCCCACCUGCACCACCGACACCAUCUGCUGAAGAAGCUGUCACCAAUAUUCUCUAUAAUACUCCUCCGCCAUCACAUAUACCAGUAAAAAGACACAUUUUAAAUUGUUUAGUGCAGAAUGAACCUGGAGUUUUGAGUCGUGUGAGUGGAAUUCUAGCCGCUCGCGGAUUCAAUAUCGAUUCUUUGGUCGUGGCGAGUACGGAAGUAGCCGAUUUAAGUAGAAUGACUGUUGUUUUACGAGGACAAGACGAUGUAAUCGAACAAGCUAGAAGACAAUUGGAAGAUUUGGUACCUGUUUGGGCCGUUUUGGACUAUACAAAGACAACUAUAGUAGAACGUGAAUUAUUAUUGGUAAAAGUUUCAAUUCUGGGACCAGAAUAUUUACAUGAACAAUUGGCAGCUUUAAAGCACGAAAUUUAUAAUGAUGAAUUUUUGCCAGAAGCUGAUUUGGAAAUAACAGAGGAUAACGUACCUAAUUUAAUUAAGAAGAAGUUUGACGAAUCUCUUUCUCCCUCGGCAGCUUUAAGGCAAAAAAAUUCACAUCUACAUGCUCUUAACGAUUUAGCAAAAUUAUUUGGUGGAAAACUAGUGGAUGUUUCCAGUCAUAGCAUAGUUAUAGAAUUAUCAGCUAAACCAAUAAGAAUAGAUGCUUUUCUAAAAUUAGUGAAACCAUUUGGUAUACUGGAAGCAGCCAGAAGUGGUAUGAUGGCAUUACCACGUACUCCAAUUCAUGAUCGAUCAGAACCAGAAGAUUUAUUAGAAGAUGAGGAGGAUGAAGGUGUAGAUGCUACUAUGUUACCUCCUGGUUAA